UAAGCAGUAUUUCCUAUGUAUUAACAAAAUAAUUUAUAUGGUUUAUAAUAGUAUUAUAAUAUUAGAAAAUAAAUAAAAUAAAAACAAGAUGUUUCCUGCACACAAUUAAAAAUAAUACAUCAAAUUUAAUACAACCUUAAUUAUCGCAAUAAUUAAUGUUAUAUAUGAAUGUAUUAUUUCAUAAUAAAAUAUAUAACAAAAGUUCUGGUUAUUUUAUAUUACAUUAUAAGAAUUUUAAUUUAAUUUAAAUGUAAUUUGUAAUGAAUCAAUCUUCCUUUGGUCAAAAGUUUUGAGACGCGUCAUCAUUCAGUAGGAUGAGAAGGUUUCUCAAAACCUUUGAUCGCUGGUGUAUGAUUAUCAUUUAUUAUUUUAAUUAUUUGUUUAUUUAUUUAUUACUAAUGUACAUAGUUUAUUGCAGGUGAGGUAAUCAGACGUUUUUAUAUUCUAAUCAUGCGUCAGUUCAUUAUAAAUAUAUUGAUAUAAUAAGAUUGCUAUAAUUAUUGACAUUUUGUGUGAUUAAAAUACAUUUACUACUUUGUGAAUGAAAAUUUGUUAGAAUUUAAGUUGAUUUAAAUUCAAUAGUUUUUUUUCACACAUUUUAGGAAUGUUAUUCCCCACCCCCUCACCAAUUUUUUUUCAUGUUUCAAAGUUAAAAAUUGAUCACAUAGAAAAAAAAACGGAUGACAUCUGUAUCCAUGUGUGUGUAUGGUCAAGAGCUGGUUCGACCACUACCUCCAGUGGAACCAGAGCGAACAUCCCGGAGUUAAAAAUCUUCGCUUCACCACCGACCAAAUCUGGACGCCAGAUAUUCUGCUGUACAACAGACGAUGACUUCGACUCCACCUUCAAGACCAACGUUCUGGUCAACUCUAGCGGCUUUGCUGAAUAUUUGCCUCCAGGUAUUUUCAUGAGCACGUGCAACGUAGACGUGCGCUGGUUCCCUUUCGACAUCCAGAAGUGUGUCCUCAAGUUCGGCUCGUGGACUUACGACGGCUUGCUUCUUGACCUCCAGAUGAACGACGCCGACAUCUCGGGCUACAUGCCUAACGGCGAAUGGGAUCUCAUAGGAGUGCCUGGCACCCGCAACGAAAUUUUCUACGAUUGCUGUAAAGAGCCUUACCCGGACGUGACUUUCAACGUGACCAUCCGGCGAAGGACGCUUUACUACGCCCUCAACCUGCUCAUCCCCUGCAUGCUCCUGUCCUCCAUGACCCUUCUCAUUUUCGUUCUACCCGCCGACUCAGGAGAGAAGAUUUCUCUGGGGAUCACCGUCUUGCUGUCGCUGACUGUGUUCAUGCUGUUGGUGGCUGAGAUCAUGCCAGCAACGUCUGACUCGGUUCCGCUUAUAGGUCAGUACUUUGCCAGCAUCAUGAUCAUUGUGGGCAUGUCCGUUAUCGCCACCGUGGUAGUCCUGCAGUAUCAUCAUCACGAUCCCAACGGAGGGAAUAUGCCCAAAUGGGUAAAGCUGGUUCUUCUUCAAUGGGUGGCGUGGUUUCUUCGGAUGAAGCGUCCCGGUGAAGCAGAAAAACCCAGAAGGCCCCCGUGUGCCCCCCACCUGCGUCGCUGCUCCUCAGGCUCUCAUAGCGGUAGCAUACCCAAUCAUGGUGAUCCUGGCCUGCACUCGUUGCACCCUCAGAACCUGCACCCGCUCCACCAACCGCACCCCCACGGACCGUCUGGCACCACCAACAACGGUAACCUACUUUACUUUCAAGGAAUGGAAGAGCCUUCAUUGUUGCCCGAUGCGGGCCAGAGGUGCAAUAACAUCUCUACAGGGCCCCGGAGCCCGCCCCCACACCUGCCGCCCCAUCUUUGCGGAUCCCCGCCGCCACCGGCACCUAAUUUGGACGGCAUGGGCUGCCCUAGCACCGUCUCCAGUGGGGGUGGCUUCGGCGUGGGCAGCGGUCCGUGCCAAGUCCUAAGCCACGGGGACCCCCUGCUUCAAGCAAUCCUAGAGGAGGUACGCUACAUGGCGGACCGAUUUCGCGAGCACGAUGAGGCGGAAUCCGUUGCCGACCAGUGGAAGUUCGCUGGGGCCGUAAUCGACCGCCUGUGUCUGGUGGCGUUUAGCGUCUUCAACAUUAUCUGCACCAUCUCCAUCCUUAUGUCGGCGCCAAACUUUGCUGACGCCGUUUCCAAGGACUUUGUCUGAAAAGCCGCGAGGGGGAAUAUAGCGGAUGAGAAGGAAUUAAGGUAUCAAGCGGGCUUGCAUCCAGCGGGACUCCACGUUCUCUUGUGGGUUAACAACUGGAAAAGGAAAAUAUGUGGAUUUUUUUGCACUACACUGACUGAACUCAAGAAAACAGCUAUGGGGAUACUUUCAGAGCUGUAACAGAAGCGAGACAGCAUUGUGAAAUGGAAUAGCAGGAAGCUGAAAAUGAGGCUCAAUACUUUGGGUAAAGCAAAGUAGAAAGCUUUGUUUGAGUUUUAUCCUGCGAAAAAUGAGUCCUGCCACGGCUCUGAUGCGUCGAUUUUGUGUGAAAGAAGCUCCUGUAUCGAGGAAGGACUCCUUGGAGAAUAAAGACAAGGACAUGCAGAUUUCUUUUUUUUUAAGAGGAGCAGCACAGUAAGAGAAGAAGGUGCUCAUCCAUUAUUCAACCCUUGGCGUCUAAUGGCCGUCAAAUUAAAAAGUCCUCCCGUCGUCUUUAAAUGCAAUUAAUCGGCCUUGAAAAGAUGACCUGGGCACUUUACAUUUCCAUGGGCCUUAUUAUCCUCGCAGCUAAUACGCCUCCCUAAACUGAAUUAAAGCUGCAGUGAAGCCCAGACAGACCUCAAAUCAGCAGUAAAGGUUCCCAAAUCAAUAUGGAGGAGGGAGGAGUCUUAUUCAAUGCGAGCAAAGUGUGUCAUUCUAUACGUACAGUUCCACAAAAAGCUGAAGCAGCUUUAAUUUGGUCGCUGUUGUCAAUGAAUAGAAAGCAACCGAAAUCAAUAAGAAAGAUUUCCUGCCCGUUGGCACCUUUGCUAAUUUGUGUCUAAUGGAGACCUUCAGCCAAAGCGGAAAAGAAACACAAUAGUAGUUCUACCAACACAACCUAAUAGGAUCCAAUACUAAGGACCUGUAACACACACAAACAACUCCUGUAUUUUUUGGACUAUAAGUCGCACUAGAAUAUUUACCAAAAAAUGCACAAGAGAGAAAUGUAAUGCGUCUUAUGUUUACUUCGGUUAUCUUAUUUUUUUGACAUCAUUUGCCUUCAGUGGCAGCCAAUAAGUUCAAGUCUUCAUUUUCAGUAUCACUAUUGGACAACUCGGCCAACUCUAGACAUAGAGGGCAAGCCUGAAGCGCCUUCAGUUGUGAACGACAAGCACGUGUGUGCUACAACACACUACAGAGUGAAUGCUGUGACUAAGAGUGUGCAUGCCCUCUACUGGCUCACUAGUAACCUACAGUAACAAUAAGUCCACAAUUAAUUCAUUAAGCACUGAUGCACAAAAAAAAAAAAAAAGUCAGAAAUCAAGGAUCAAUAGAUACCGGCACAUGCUUCAUUGCUACCAAGUUUCAAGAAGAUUGGUUCAUGAAUGCCUUAUGGAGUAUAACUUCAAAUUUAGUGUCCACAAGAAGAAGAACUACUACGACAACUACUUGAGUGGAGACUUGACAGGCCUUCAACCUGUAAAAAUACAUAUAUAGUGGUACUUCUACAUACAAAUUUAAUUGGUUUCAGGAACUGGUUUGUAAGUCGAAACGGUCGAAUGUCGAGCGGGAUUUUCCCAUAAGAAUACAUUAUAGUAUUUCGAUUAAUUUGUUCCACAGCCCAAAUACUUAUGCUAAACCCUUCAUAAAUACUGCAGGUACAAUUACAAAUAGCAAAUACACAUAGAAAAACAAAUACAGGUAGUCCCCGGAUUAUGACGGACUCGAGUUUCCCGAUUUCGACUUUACGACGCCUGCGUCUCGUCAUUUAUUUAUUUUUUUAUGUUAAUUUUUGUUUUGUGAUGCAUGCUUUUAUUUUGGCGCACGAUGUGAACUCAUGUAAAGAGGCGCCCGCCCACCGCACACAGAGAGCAGCCGAGUGGCAGAGGUGACAGCCUCCACGCACAUUUGUUGCUUGUGAACCAUCGAGAAAAGACUGCUGUAUAUAACCUCUUUUGUACUGUUUAUUGUGUUUUCAACUGUGGUCGAAUAUUUGGGUCGAGGUAAUGUGACUGUUUUUGAUGAUGUGCGGACGCUAACUGAUACAUGCUAAUCGUUUGUUGUUGUUGUUGUAUCAGCGGCUACUUUGUAAACGCAAAUUUGAAUUGAGAUGAGACUGAUUUAAGUUAAUUUUAUUUCAGAGUCAUUUUGCAAGUGUUGAUGUCAUGAGCAGCUGAAUAAAGUCAGCAAACCACACGGACGUCUGACAUUUUGGAGCUUAGCUCACUGUCUAGGUAGGACUUAGACCCAAUGUCUUGGCGAGGACAGUACAAUGACAUAAACCUAUCCAAAAACAUGUUGUUGUUUUUUAAAGAGGGUGUUUUAAGGUAUUUAUAGGGUUAAUUCCGACUUUCGGGGAAAUCUGGGUUACAUUGCCAGCGCAGGAACAGAACUUGUUCGUUAACCGGGGACUACCUGUAAAUUAUAAAGAAAAAUCAUAAUAAUAAUAAUGCAACGAAUCGGAUUCUAAUAUGGCGUUUGUGUUUUGCAUGCUAUUCCUGAACACACCACAUGACUGACGAGAUAGUGAGAAAGGUACAAAAGAGUGGGAAGCUUUACUUUUUUUGAUGUUCUGUUGCUGUUGGCGUCGGCUACGGCGGACAUUAGCCGUGUUGUGUUGCACAAGAUCUGAAAUAAAUGAUUAAAACCCUGACAAAGCUGGUUACCUUGCUGAUGUUACAAUAAUAAUGAGUCGUUCUCGAGACCGUAGACAUAUUCCGGCCGUAUUGUUGAGCCAAUUCACUGACGCACACACCACAGUCAUAUCUUUCAAUCAUUUCCUUCUUAAUUUCAAUGGUAAGCUCACCUUUUUCCCUUUUUCACCAAUUUCACACACACAAUUUAUUCACACACACACAUAUUUACAAAGUGUACAUCAUAUCUCAGUGCUGAGCCAAGAUUAUGUGUGAGUCAGGUCUCCUUAAGAAGCUACUAAAAGCUUAUAGUCAGGAGCCUGCAUACAUCAAGACAAUCACAAGAAACGUGAUCAGAUCAUUAUCAGAUGAGCAUAGGGUGAGUUGCAGUUUUUUACAGUGUUCUCUUACAAAAACAUAGUAAUGUACAAUAACUCAAUAUAUAUAUACACAAACACACUCACACACGCCCACCCACACACACAGAAAAAAAAAAUAAAAGAAAUACUUCCCUAGAAGACAAUUUAUAACCUAAGUAUGUUGGAAUUGUCAUAUUUACUGAUCAGGAUACUUUUUAGCAUCGUUUUAAAGGUGGAGAUGGAUUUCAACACUUUUAGAUUUUCAUCGAGCUCAUUCCAGAUCUGGGGGCCUCGAGUUGCAAUGCCCAGGCUGGUGCUAACAAGUCUUCUCUUUUUUCCACUGAUGAGGUCUUUGUUUCUGGUGUUAUGAGUAUGGAGAGGAGUCCAGACUGGAAUGAGCUCAGACAGUCUGCUAUUCAUAUUAUUUACAAUUGGGAACAUUGUACAUGCGUUAUGAAAUGUGUUUAAAUCAGUGAGUCGGAGAAGGCGUAAAUUAUAAAACAAGGAGUAGGUGGGAGCAUUGAAACUAGCCCAGGACAUGGCCCGUACCAUCUUCUUUUGUAGAGUUUCUAAUUUCUUUAGGUGACUGGGGAACGUGUUGCACCAUAUGAUGUUACAGUAGUUGAUAUGGGGCUCAAACAACGUUUUGUACAAGGUAAGAAGUGCGGUUAAAGGGAGAUGGUGUCGUAUUUUGAAGAAUAGUCCAACAUAUUUGGAUAGUGUAGAUAUAAGGUGUUCUAUAUGGCAUUUGAAGUUGAGAGACUUAUCAAUGAAGACUCCCAGGAACUUUGUGGAAUCAACUUGUAAUAAAUUGUCGUCGUUUACUUUCAGACAAAUCCUGUUUGUGUCAACUGCUUUCUUGUUUGAUCUAAAUACUAUGUAAUUGGUUUUGUUGAUGUUGAGGGAAAGUUUGUUGCACCUGAGCCAGCUAUCUAUCUUUAAUAACUCUGCAUUUAAAAUAUGCUGUAGGUCUAAUGGGUUUUUAUGUGAAAGAAACAAGUUAGUAUCAUCAGCAAACAAAAUCAUGUGUAGUAUGUCAGAAGAAUUAACAAGGUCAUUAAUGUAAAUAAGAAAAAGUAGUGGGCCCAAAAUUGAUCCCUGGGGGACUCCAUGUUUUAUUUCCUUUUUUUGUGAAACGUGAUUGUUAAUACUUACAUAUUGUUGUCGACUAAAUAAGUAACUUUUGAACCAGUUGUAUGCUAUUCCUCUAAUACCAUAAUGAUGUAUCUUAUCCAGUAAAAUACUAUGGUCAAUGGUGUCAAAAGCCUUAGAUAAAUCCAAAAAAAUGCCAACGCCACACUUGCCUUGCUCAAAGGCAUCAUUAAUUUUUUCAACAAGAUCUAGAAUGGCCAUGCACGUUGAAUUCUUCUUUCUGAAGCCAUAUUGUGAACUGUUUAGAAUGUGAAACUUGUCUAGGUAUUCGCUUAGUCUAUUGUAUACGACUCUUUCUAGUACCUUGGAGAGAGUGGGUAGAAUGGCAAUUGGGCGGUAGUUGUUCAUGUUAUUUUUAUCUCCAGAUUUGUACACUGGAGUGAUUCUGGCAAUUUUGGUCUGUUUUGGCACUACGCCAUGAAGUAGGGACAAAUUAAUGCAAUACGCAAGUGGUUUUGCAAUUAUAUGGGCAAUGGGAAUCAUGAUCUUACUGC